CGUCCGAGCACAGGAAGAAGAACGCGGCCCGCUAGCCCUCGGAUGCACACACGUGUACACCACACCUUUCCUCAGCCGCUCCGUGUUCCAAGCCCCCUGCACCGGUCGAGCACCCCCCGGAGCUCUUCUGGAGGAGGAGCGGAGGCAGCGGCAGGCGCCCAGGCAGGCAGGCAGGCAGGCAGGCUCCUCCCCAGCUGGCCGCGAGCGGAGAAGGCACCGCCUCGGCCUCCGCUCCUCCUCUCGCAAGCUGAGCUGGGCCGCAGGCGCUGCCCUCCUCUUGUCGUCGGCGUGUAGGGUCUUGGCCUCCUGUCAUGGCCCCGUUGCGCUUCGCCGCCAACCUGGCCUGGCUCUUCCAGGAGCAGGCGACGCUGCCGCUGCGCAUGGAGGCGGCGGCGCGGGCCGGCUUCCGAGCGGUGGAGCUGGGCUUCCCCUACGAUUGCGACGCGGCAGAGCUGCGGGCGGCGGCAGAACGAGCCGGGCUGGAAGUGGUCCUGCUCAAUACCCCGCCAGGAAACCAAAGCAAAGGUGACAUGGGCUUGGCUGCCGUGCCAGGCCGUCAGGUUGAAUUCCGUGAGGCUCUGGCUUUGGCUGUGAAGUAUGCCAAGACCCUGAAGUGUCCAAGGAUCCACCUUAUGGCUGGGCGAAUUCCUGUGGGUGCUGAGCGGGAGGCAGUGGCAGCUGAGAUGGAAGCCACCUUCAUUGAGAACCUCAGAUAUGCUGCCAACAUCCUGGCUCAGGAAAACCUGAUGGGACACUUGGAGCCUAUUAAUAGUCGGAUUACUGAUUCCCGCUAUUUCUUGACCACUCCCCAGCAAGCUGCUGCCAUCUUGAAGAAAGUGGGAAGCCCUAACCUGAAGCUGCAGCUGGACAUUUUCCACUGCCAGAUUAUGGAUGGAAACCUGACUGAAAACCUAAAGAUGUAUUUCCCAAUCAUUGGACAUGUUCAGAUUGCUCAGGUACCAGCACGGCAUGAACCUGACAGCCCUGGAGAAUUGAGCUUCCCCUACCUUUUCCAGCUGCUAGAGACAAUGGGCUACAGUGGCUAUAUAGGAUGCGAGUAUGCACCAGAAGGAGGCACAUUGAAGGGUCUGUGCUGGCUGCACUCAUACUGGAAGAGUCAUGAUGUACUACAUAGUGGAAGCUGAACAGAUAAGCUCAGCAGCUGAAAAACUGGAAGAAUGAACAUCAGAAGCAGAUUGUGCAACAGAGUCCUUCACCACAUGCCAACAGAGAGAAAGCUGGAAAGGAUACCCUUUUGGUUGGUUCUGUCACCUAAAAUGUCCCAUUGUGGGUGCACACUCACAGCAAGAUACUUUCCUAAUAAAAUGAAAUGGUUACUGUGUA